AUGAAAGAAGAGAAAGUGCAUGAGAUCAUGCAGCAGGCCCGAAACUCUACAGGGAAGAUCAUAUUGGGCUGGUGGACCACACCCUGGAGUCCUCAGGGGUCAGCAUCCUCAGUAGCCGCAGCUCAAAGACCUGGCACCAGGAUGGCCAUUAUCAGUCUGUUUGGCAUCACCUUGUGGUACCGUUUCCAGACCCAAAGAGCCAUCUUCCAGCAACUGCUGGGCGUUCCAGGGCCCCAGGGCUUUGUUGGCGUUCCCUUAUCUGCCUGCAUCCACCUCACUGCCAUCACUUUGGAGCAUGUGCCCAAAGCCCUGUCCCCAAUCAGCAACAUCACCAGAGCCCCCAAGGACUUUGUCAUCUUGGGGCUCAAUGAAGAUUCCCAGGUGGAGGGAGUGGCCCUCGGGCAGUUCACCUAUGAUAAUGCUGGGGAGGCCAUUCAGACCUUCCACUUUCAGGGCAACGACACAGCCCCAUACCAGCUGAUAGAGCUUCCUAUCUUCAGCAACUGGGGUCACCCUGAUUAUACCUGCAUUUACCACUUCCAGCCAAGAUUCCUUUUGAAGAAAGCCUUUGCUCUGGCAGCCAACCUCCAAGGCCCCCAUGUUCUGGCAGCAGCAGCUGCUUCCCCGCAAGCACUGUGGGAGUGCUUUGAGUCCCAAUGGCUGAAGAUCCAUGAGCAGGCCUCAGGGAUAGAUGCUGACCAUUGCUCUGAUUCUGAGUCUUCAGGUGGCUGUGGACAGCCUCUUGGAGAUGAUACCAGACUCCAGCAAACAGGCUGGCUCUUUCACCUGUUCCAUUGCUGCUUCGGAAAUACCUGGUACCACCUGACCACAGCUGCCUCCCUGCAGGACCUCUUUGUCCCUAAUCAGGGCCUCAGGGAAGUUUUCCUUGAU